AUGGUCUGUGCUUCCCCUCUUGGAGCUGGGCUGGGGGGAGCUGUCAGCCUCAAGCUCGUCGUCACAGCUGUGGUAGCCUGCCCUUCCAAACCAAAGCCAACAUCAACCACCACGACCUCGAAUUCCACUGCCCAACCCCACUGCCCGAAUUGCCAUCUAAACCCCCGAACCAGUACUCGAACCUCCAGACUUAACAUCCAAACCCCCAGAAAUCUACAAGCAUGGCAUCGGGCUACGAUAGAGCGCUCUCAGGUACGUUCUUCAGGUACCUUUCCCACCACCACCACCCUCUCUCCUCAAACCCAAACUAACCCCCUCCUCCCCAGUCCCGACGGCCACGUCUUCCAAGUCGAAUACGCCGGCGAGGCCGUCAAGCGAGGAACCUGCGCCGUAGGCGUCAAAGGCCAAGAUGUCGUCGUCCUCGGCUGCGAGAAGCGCUCGGCCAUGAAGCUCCAAGACACCCGCAUCACCCCCUCCAAGAUCGGCCUCGUCGACACGCACGUCUGCCUCGCCUUUGCCGGCCUCAACGCCGACGCCCGCAUCCUCGUCGACAAGGCCCGGUUAGAGGCCCAGUCCCACAGGCUCAACCUCGAGGACCCCGUCACGAUCGAGUACAUCACCAAGUACGUUGCCGGAGUGCAGCAGCGGUACACACAGAGCGGUGGCGUGAGACCUUUUGGCAUCUCCACGUUGAUUGUGGGGUUUGAUAAGGGGAGUGAGGUACCGAGGUUGUAUCAGACGGAGCCGUCGGGGAUCUAUUCUGCUUGGAAAGCGAAUGCCAUCGGCCGUUCCAGCAAGACAGUCCGCGAGUUCCUCGAGCGCAACUACAAGGAGGAUAUGGACCGGGAAGCCACUGUUAGACUCGCCAUCAAGUCUUUGUUGGAGGUGGUGCAAACUGGCGCCAAGAAUAUCGAGAUUGCCAUCAUGGCGCCUGGUAAGACGUUGGAGUUGCUGCCGGUGGAGGAUAUUGAGAAUUACGUCAAAAAUAUCGAACAGGAGAAGCAAGAAGAGGCGGACAAGAAGAAGAAGGGCCGGACUCCAGGGCAGGGCAGUGCUGCCAUAUUGACUCGGCAAAAGGAUGAGUCUGAGCAGUAG